UCCAUCUCCUUCGAUGAUGAAAACCUACAAACUUUGGAGUUCCUUCGCCGCCAUAAGAGAACCUCCACAAGAUCCACAGAGAGAGAGAGAACGAUGGGGCACUCUAAUGUCUGGAAUUCGCAUCCGAAGAACUAUGGCCCUGGUUCUCGAGCCUGCCGAGUUUGUGGGAACUCUCAUGGUUUGAUCCGUAAGUAUGGGCUGAUGUGCUGCAGGCAGUGCUUCCAUAGCAAUGCCAAAGCUAUUGGUUUUAUCAAGUACCGCUGAGGGCUUGACCAAGUGAUUGUGGUGGCAACCUGGAAAUGGAAGUCAUCACACUUCUGGAGUUUUAUAGUUUGUCUCUGUUUUGAUUAGAUUUAGUGUUUGCAUUUGCUUUUAUCUUUGUCAAUGCUUUAAGCAUUGGAAUUAAACUCUAUCGAACUUUAAGCAUUGGAAUUGAACUCUAUCGAACUAGACCGACUUUUCAUAAAUCAAAUCAUCGUGUUUGCUUAUGUUA